AUGUCCAUACGCCGUCAGAGCCCCACGAUUCCUGAGGAAGCCAUCCCUGUGGCUCCAAUCUCAACCGACACCACAGCCACCGCUGCAACAACGAUCUCGAGCUCAAAGAGACCCUCCCUUUCGCGUAACAGAGCAAGUAGCAGCAGCAUGAACAGCAUCUCGAGCAUCUCGAGUUUGAACAGCCUGUUGACCUCGCCUUCGACCACCACUGCCGCAGCUACUACCGCUGGAUCCUCAACCGCUGUUCUCUCCAAUGGAGCUUCCACAAGUACAAGUAGUACUACAUCCUCCUCCUCCUCCUCCUCCUCCUCGGCGUUUGUGCCGUCGAGCAGCAAUACGUCGACGUAUUACCCCUCGUUCCCUUACCGCAACAAGUCUCGAAGAGCACCUUCUCACCCUAUCCUGGUCCUGGAACCCGUCAACAGCGGGUUUGCCCUGAAGUCCUUUGAACUCCCCGACCAGACGCGCAUCAAGAUUGGUCGUCAGACUGGUGUCAGUACUGCACCCAGUCCUUCUAACGGAUACUUUGAUUCCAAGGUCCUCUCUCGCGUCCAUGCCGAAGUUUGGUCUGACUCUGGCAAGGUCUACAUUCGUGAUCUCAAGUCGAGCAAUGGCACAUUCUUGAACGGAAGGAGGUUGUCCGCCGAGAGUGUCGAGAGCGAACCCUUCAUCCUCAACCAGAACGACAACCUCGAGUUUGGUAUCGACAUCAUGGACGAAGGCGGAUCAUUGCUCCACGAGAAGGUCGCCUGCAGGAUUUACAUCUCGCGCAUGUCAUACCCCACACCCGGAGGAUCUCCUCAAGAUUCACAUGCAAAGCUCAAGACCGGCUCUCCUCCAGGGUCAGGAAGCUCAUACAAGACUACACCAACCACAACAUCCGCUACUGCCGGUCAGAGCGCCAACAUUGAUCUCAUCAUCUCUCGGCUCCAGGGUGAAUUGACACGGUCCCAGGAGGCGAAUGCCAACCUUGGAAUCCUGAAGCAAGGAUUGGGAGACCUUGAAAAGUCUAUUGUUGUCUCGACAAAGGAGGAUGGAUCCAUCCCUAGCCCCAAGAGCCCAGAAGCCACCCCUGUCCAGGAUACUGCCGCCGCCGCUAACUAUCAGAAGCAAUUGGAGGAACAUACCCAGGCGCACAAGGAAGAGCUUGCAAAGUUGAACAAGUCGUUGGAAGAGACACAGGCAGAGCUGGACGCAUAUAUUCAAAAGACACAACUGCUGGAGCCAUUGGUAGCCGAGGACGAGAUUCUGAGACGGGAUAUCGCCCAGAGCAUUGCCGAGUUGAGCAAGGUCCGUCUGGAACGUGAUAUGGCCAAGGACAGCAUGAACGAGCUGAUCAAUGAGCACCAACAAGCCCUGGAGGCAAUGCGCAAGGAGCAAGAAAUCAACUUUGCGGCCCUCGAGACUGCCCACAAGGAUACCAUGGACCGUCUGGUCCGUGAGGCUGCUCAGGCCCAGGAGACCUUGACUGCCAAGUUCCAGGAAGAUCUUGCCCUUGCCCUGAAGGCUGCCACACCUGCCCCUGCUCCUGCUCCCGUUGAGCCAGAACCUGUUGUAGCUCAUGUGCCCGUCGUUGACACCUCUGCAUUGGAAAAGGAGUUGGCUUUGCAGGAGACAGUGGCGAAGCAGACCAAACAGAUCCAGGAGUUGCAAGUAGAAAAGACGGCCGUUAGCUUGGCUCUGACAGAGGCCAAGAACGAAAUUGUAAAGAUUGCCAAGGAGCUCAAGGAGAUUCAGGAGCGUGCUUCGCGGGAGCGGGAAGAGUUGGCUUCUUUGACACCUACUCUGGCCUCCUCUGCUGCGCACAGCCAUCACCAGAACGGACAUGCAGCCACGACGACGAUAACGACAGUGACGACUGCCUCUUCGGCAAAGACCUCGGAGGGCAAUGUCUCCAAGUACGAGUUCGCCUGGGCACGGUUCAUGUUCCCCGUUGACAGGAACGGACAGCAUCUCAAGCAGCCCUCGACGGUGUUGAUGUCGGGAAGUGUGAUGCUGGUGGGUCUUGGCGCAUACGUCUUCUUGCGCAAGAGCAGUUAG